ACUCAUUCAAUGUCUGUUGUCAAAGAACAAUAAACCGAACGUCUCCGCCGGACACGUUACACGCGUUUAUGCUGCUGUAUUAACACCAGUCCUCGUACACCUCUACCAGAGACCAGAGACCGGGCUGAUCACCGAAGACCGGCGCACAUCUGCAUCACCGGCGGAUUCCGCUCAGCCGUUCAGGCCACCGACGACAGUAUGAGCCAGAGGUUCACGGUGACCGCGGGUGACAUCCAGGGCGAAGUCAACCAGCUGUUCGAGGGCGACGAGGAGACCCCAAGUGCCUCGGACGCUGCGGAGGCAUCCGGGAAAGGAGAUGGUAACCCCAAGGAGAGCAGUCCAUUCAUCAACAGCACCGACCCAGAGAAGAACCAGCAAUAUGACGGCAAGAACAUGGCUCUGUUUGAGGAGGAAAUCGACACAAUUCCCAUGGUAUCGUCUCUUCUCAGCAGUCUCGCCAACUACUCAAACCUGCCUCAGGGCAGCAAAGAACACGAGGAGGCGGAAAACAACGAAGGCUCGCGCAAGAAACCUGUCCAGGCUCCGCGGAUGGGAACGCUGAUGGGUGUCUACCUGCCCUGCCUGCAGAACAUCCUGGGCGUGAUUCUGUUUCUCAGGAUGACCUGGAUGGUGGGCAUCGGCGGCGUCAUUGAGUCCUUCAUCAUCGUGCUCAUGUGCUGCUCCACGACGAUGCUCACUGCCAUCUCCAUGAGUGCCAUUGCCACGAACGGCGUCGUGCCAGCUGGAGGCUCCUAUUACAUGAUCUCUCGCUCUCUGGGCCCUGAGUUUGGUGGAGCUGUAGGCAUCUGCUUCUACUUGGGCACCACCUUUGCUGGAGCCAUGUACAUCCUGGGCUGCAUCGAGAUCCUGCUGGUGUACAUCGUACCACAAGCGGCUGUUUUUAAGAUGGAGGGUCUGGAGGGAGCUGAGGCCGAAGCAGCCAUGCUGAACAACAUGCGUGUUUACGGCACACUGGUGCUCAGCUUCAUGGCCAUUGUGGUGUUUGUAGGAGUAAAGUAUGUGAACAAGCUGGCUCUGCUCUUCCUCGCCUGUGUCAUCUGCUCGAUCCUCGCCGUCUAUGCUGGAGUGAUCAAAACCGCCUUCGAGCCUCCGAUCUUCCCAGUGUGUGUGCUGGGAAACCGGACUCUGGUUUGGAAAGGCUUUGAUGUGUGUGCGAAGGUCAUCGAGACAGAAAACGCCACGGUCACCACCAAACUCUGGCGGAUCUUCUGCGACUCUGAGUUCCUGAAUGCCACCUGCGACAGCUAUUUCGCCAACAACAACAUCACAGAAAUACAGGGAAUCCCCGGAGUAAUGAGUGGCAUACUGCGCGAGAAUCUCUUUGGGAAUUAUAUGGAUAAGGGUUCUUUCAUUGAGAAAGUGGGAUUAUCCGCCAAAGUCGAACCUGAUUCCAUACCGACCAACACCAACCGUUAUGUGCUUGCAGACAUCACCAGCUUCUUCACCAUGCUGGUGGGCAUCUACUUCCCCUCUGUGACAGGUAUCAUGGCUGGAUCAAACCGAUCCGGUGAUUUGCAGGAUGCCCAGAAGUCCAUUCCCAUCGGCACCAUCCUGGCCAUCACCACCACCUCCAUCAUAUACAUGUCCAGCGUGAUUCUGUUUGGUUCCUGCAUCGAGGGAACAGUGCUGAGAGAUAAGUUUGGUGAGGCGGUCAGGGGGAAUCUGGUGAUCGGGACACUGGCAUGGCCUUCACCUUGGGUCAUCGUCAUCGGUUCUUUCUUCUCCACCUGCGGUGCAGGGCUUCAGAGUUUGACAGGUGCUCCGCGUCUCCUGCAGGCCAUUGCUCGAGACGGCGUCGUGCCGUUCCUCAGGGUGUUUGGUCAUGGAAAAGCAAACGGGGAGCCCACCUGGGCUUUGCUCCUGACCGCAUGCAUCUGUGAGAGUGGAAUUCUCAUCGCUUCUCUGGAUAACGUCGCUCCGAUUCUCUCCAUGUUUUUCCUCAUGUGUUACAUGUUUGUGAAUCUGGCCUGUGCUGUUCAGACUCUGCUCAGAACGCCCAACUGGAGACCGCGAUUCAAGUUCUACCACUGGACUCUAUCCUUCCUUGGCAUGAGCCUCUGUCUCUCGCUCAUGUUCAUCUGUUCUUGGUAUUACGCCAUCGUUGCAAUGGGAAUCGCCGGCUGUAUCUACAAGUAUAUCGAGUUCCGAGGGGCAGAAAAGGAAUGGGGUGAUGGAAUAAGAGGUCUGUCUCUCAGCGCGGCCCGCUUCGCCCUCAUGAGGUUGGAAGAGGGACCACCGCACACCAAGAACUGGAGACCUCAGAUAUUAGUCCUGGUCAGCAUGGAUUCUGAGCUGAAUGUGGAGCAGCCGCGUUUGCUGUCUCUGACCAAUCAGCUGAAAGCUGGGAAGGGUCUGACCAUCGUGGGCACAGCGCUGGAGGGAACCUACCUGGAAAACUAUCCUCAAGGACAGCAGGCCGAACAGGCUCUGAGGAAGCUCAUGGAGGCAGAGAAGGUGAAGGGUUUCUGUCAGGUGGUCAUCUCUUCUAACAUGAGGGAUGCCACGUCACAUUUGGUCCAGGCCGGAGGGUUGGGAGGUCUUCAACACAACACGGUUCUGGCCUCCUGGCCACGCAACUGGAAACAAGCUGAGGAUCAUCAGAGCUGGAGGAACUUCAUCGAGCUGGUAAGAGAAACCACUGCUGCAAGUAAAGCCCUGCUGGUGCCAAAGAACAUCUCUGCCUUCCCGUCAAACGGAGAGCGUUUCACAGAGGGUCACAUUGACGUCUGGUGGAUCGUUCAUGAUGGAGGCAUGCUGAUGCUGCUGCCCUUCCUCCUCCGCCAGCACAAGGUUUGGAGGAAGUGCAAGAUGCGCAUCUUCACUGUGGCCCAGAUGGACGAUAACAGCAUCCAGAUGAAGAAGGACCUGACCACCUUCCUGUAUCACCUGCGCAUAGACGCCGCAGUGGAGGUGGUGGAGAUGCAUGACAGUGAUAUCUCAGCGUACACAUAUGAGAAGACCCUGAUGAUGGAGCAGAGAUCUCAGAUUCUGAAGCAGAUCAACCUCACCAAGACUGAGCGUGAACGUGAGAUCCAGAGCAUCACUGACAGCUCUCGCGGGUCGAUCCGCCGUAAAAACCCGGCGGUUGUCACGACUCAGCUGAGUGUGACCGAGGAACCAGUGGCCAGCAGCAAAGAGGAGAAACCAGAAGAGGAGUCUGUCCCUGUGUCCCCAUCCCAACAGGAACAGCUCAUUCAUGACAAGAGUACCAAUCCGCCCACCCCGGCCACACCGCAGUCCCCCAACGCAGAUGCCGAGACCCCCAGCACAGCCGUUCAGAUGACAUGGACCGAAGCCAAGUGUGAUGGAGAGCAGGCCAAACCUAUAGGAGCCACGACAACAGAAGCCAUCAAAGACCUCUUCAACAUGAAACCUGAGUGGGAAAAUCUAAACCAGUCCAACCUGAGGCGCAUGCACACUGCACUCAGACUCAACGAAGUCAUCAUUAAGAAAUCCCAGGAGGCCAAACUAGUCCUGCUCAACAUGCCCGGACCGCCCAAGAACAGGAGCGGCGAGGAGAACUACAUGGAAUUUAUGGAGGUUUUAACCGAAGGUCUCAACCGGGUCCUCCUUGUGCGUGGUGGAGGUCGUGAGGUCAUCACCAUCUACUCUUAAGAAACUAGUCGACGUCAUCCCACCCAAUUUGUCCUCCUUCCCCAGUGUGUCCCAAGCAAUAUCCCAGAAUUCCCUUCAAUCAACCAGCAUCAGAAAAUGCCGUUCUACUGGUCUGCCAAACUCUCACUGCCCAAACAUCGCUCUUGGUGUUACUCUCGUUCAUGAUGGACGUGAUCCAUACUUUACUGUUCAAUGAAGUGCACUGUUGAUGUCAGUGAGUAUAUGUUCAAUGCCCUUCCUACAUCAUCACCACUCUCACCCAAUCAGGAGAAGCGGGUGGGUUGGGCUUGAUUUGUCUUUACCUAUUUGUUUUGAGGAAGAGGAUUCAGAAACAAAUGUGCAAAGUCAAGGAAUCGGCGUUCAAAACUACACAAGAGAUGAAAUACUUCUGCUCUGGUAAAGACUGACAACCUCUGGAAAAGAUUUUCAUGUGUUGAACUCGAUCCUUUCGGUCUGCAAAUUGGUCAAAUGUGAAUUAAUAAUGACUUAAUACUAUAAUGUGAAAUGUGAAGUUUAAAGUCAACGUGAAAUGAAACUUAGACCGAUUUCCUUUCGUCAACGAUCGGUGCAUGUUAUUCAGGAGAAAAAACAUAGUUUAAUCAAAACAUGAAAAUAGCUCAACUCUCUUUAUCAAAUCUCUUGUGCCUUUUUUGCUCAUCUUCCUGAAUGCUUGCAUUACGGAAGCAAAAUGGUUUGCAAACGGCAUUUCACGUUGACUUUAAGUGGGUUCCUCUGCACAGAGAUCUGUUGUUGUGUAUUUGUUUUGUCAAAUCAUCCUCCUCCGUGUUUUUAUUCAUUCCUAGCUAUCCCCCUGCCAAAUACAUCACAAUAUGUGCCAAAAAACAAGGCUGGCAGGGUGUGCGACUUGCUGUUUGACAGCAAAGCAGCGAGUGAUAGUCUAUCGGUGCAACCGACACUGUAAUUAGCGAAAGAACAAGCUUGAAAAAAGUAAGUCGUUUAAAUAGUGUAUAAGGCAUUAUUAAAUAUCAGUGUAGUA